AUGCAACUGUGCUGUGAAACCGUAAAUGGCUCUUGCAUAAGGAGCAGCUGGCCAAACAGUAUCCGUGUUUCCAUGUAUAUCUUCAUGGUUUGCAUUAUUCUGGCCACAGUGGUUGGAAAUUUGACAGUUAUCAUCUCAAUAUCACAUUUUAAGCAGCUCCAUACACCUACCAAUUUCCUGAUACUUUCUAUGGCUACAGUAGACUUUUUGCUGGGAUUCCUCAUCAUGCCUUGCAGCAUGGUACGCUCUGUUGAGCACUGCUGGUAUUUCGGGGAGCUCUUCUGCAAGAUCCACACGAGCACAGACAUUAUGCUGAGCACGGCUUCCAUCUUCCAUCUUUCCUUCAUAUCCAUCGACCGUUACUACGCUGUGUGUGACCCUCUAAGAUACAAAUCAAAGAUAAAUACUUUUGUUAUCUUGGUCAUGAUAUUUGUAAGUUGGACGGUGCCUUCUGUUUUUGCUUUUGGGAUGAUCUUUCUAGACCUAAACUUGCUAGGGGCAGAAGAGAUUUAUAAUCACAUACAUUGUGCAGGAGGAUGCUUUGUCAUUUUUAGUGAAACUUCAGGUGUUGUGGCCUCCGUAGUGUCUUUUUACAUCCCUGGAUUUAUUAUGCUGUACAUCUAUAGGAAAAUAUACACUAUAGCCAAGAAGCAAGCAAGAUCCAUUGAUGCAAUCAGCCAAAAAAAAAUGCAAUUUGAAAUGAAGCACCACAUUUCAUUCUGCAGAGAAAGGAAAGCUGCCAAGACAUUAGGCAUAAUAAUAGGAGUGUUUCUCAUUUGCUGGAGUCCAUUCUUCUUCUUUACAGCAAUCAAUCCAUUUAUGAAUUAUGUGAUACCUCCUGUUCUCAUUGAUGCAUUGGUUUGGUUUGGUUAUUUAAAUUCUACAUUUAACCCAAUUGUUUAUGCAUUUUUUUACCUGUGGUUUCGCAGGGCAUUAAAGAUGAUUCUGUUUGGAAAAGUUUUUCAACAGGACUCUUCCAGGACUCAUUUGUUUUCAGAGUAA